GUCUGUAGCGCUCGAGCGGGACGAAUCGCUCUCACGUGCACAGCCUCGCGACACACAAAAGGCUUUAAAAAACAGGCAUGCUGUAGCACAUUUGCACACAGACACACAAACGCACGCGCACACGCACACGCACAGAAGAAAUUCCCGCACCGGAGGAUGCGCGCCGGUUUGUCAUGUCGUACACGGAGCUCGCGCUGGUGAAGGAGUGUCUCUGUCAGAACACAUGAACCUAAAACAAUGUCGGAGCAGGUUUAUGGCUUGACGUUAUCUGCAGCGCCUCCGCUUCGCAGAGGAAGCACACCACUACCGAUCAAGCACCUGUUAACGCGAGAGGAAGCCGUCUCCGAGGAUUAUGACUGGAUCCCCGGGCUCGACGAGCCUUCCGCACUGGCGAUCGGCGGCUGUAGUGACGCUCAAGACGCGCCGCUUCUUCUUAAGGUGCCGGAGCAAAAGUACCGUGGGCCACUGCGGAUUGUCCUGUUAGGGCAGAACGGAGUGGGCAAAUCAUCACUGGCCCUCUCUCUCGCUGGUCUGUCUGACCGAUCACUUUCUGUAGACUCUGAAACACUAGCAAGCGAUGAAGGGUAUCAGCGAAGGGUGACUGUAGAUGAUGAGGAUAGCUCAAUCUUGGUAUAUGACAACUGGAAACAGGAGCUCUCCUUGCUACAGUGUGAGGUGUGCAUCCUGGUGUUCUCGUUGACGGACCGUCGUAGCUUCCACCGCGUGUCUCAGCUGCGCUUGUUGCUGAGGGAGAGCCAACCUAACACUCCCAUCAUCCUCGUGGGCAACAAGAGUGACCUAGUGCGCUCCCGGGAGAUCAGCACAGAGGAGGCCCACUCGCACGCCAUGAUGUUCGACUGCAUGUACCUGGAGCUCUCCGUCUCUCUGGAUCACGGGACUAACGAGCUCCUGGAGACGGCGGUGAGGGCCGCCCGGGGCCACCGCCUCGGGCCUGGGUGGACCGAUGGCUCACCCAGAGGCGGGCGUCGUGAAAGUCUUACCAGCAAGGCCAAGCGCUUCCUGUCAGGCCUGGUGCCACGGUCCCACCACGGCCGGGAGCGUAUCCGUGAGCAAGAGCGACAAAGAGGCAACCGAAUGUUUCGACAGAAAUCUCGCUCCUGUCAUGACCUCAGUGCCCUGAUGUAGAGACCAGGAAAUAUAUGUGAAAAAUAAAACAAUCAUAUGUCAGGUUAAAUACAGGAAAAGCUACAACAAUAUCAUCAUGCAGACAUUAUAACAUACAUGUGGCAGUCUGGGAAAACCAUUUGUAGCUUAAUUUUUAAAAAACAA